AUGAGCGAAAUCGAUAUCUUCAACCAAUAUCCCCUCCAUAUCGACCCGCAAACUAAAUCCAUCUCCCUCCCUCAAUCAUCUGCCUACACACCCACGCAAAUAACCGCCAUCAAUGCCGAGCUCCAUGAACUAAAUGACCUGCACCGCUCUUUCCUCUCCAUAGAAGGACCCGCAGGUAUCCCUCCACCCCCUCUACCUGUCAACCCGAAGCGAAGCGCCCAAAUUACCAAACUUCGCGACAGCGCCAACGCAACCUACCGCAAGGGAAACCAUGUCGAAGCCGUCCGCCUAUACACCUAUGCCAUCGAUAUGGCUCUCUCGCGACCGGGUUGGGAACCCGUUUCCCUCGCCCGAGAAGAAUUAUCUGGUCUUUUUGGGAACCGCGCGCAGGCACACAUGGCGAUGCAGGCGUGGCCGGAGGGAUUCGUUGAUGCGAAGUCAAGUGUUGACUCGAAGCCUGUUGGGAAUGUCAAGGCUUGGUGGCGCGUCGCUAAGUGUCUUGCUGAGAUGACGCGGUAUGGAGAGGCCAAGUCGUUUUUGCUUAAGGGGCUGGAGAUUGAGGGGAGAGAGAGUGAGGGUGGCAAGGAGCUUGUGGCGCUUCUCGAGGAUGUUGAGGCUGCUUUGAAGCGGGCUUAG